CCUCAUCAGCCACUCCUGUCCAUUUUUCUUCUUGGAAUAAAAACAUUGUUAGGCUCCACUGUGUACUCAUAGAGUGACAAGUUCUCCUCCUCGCCAUGGACCCCGUGUCGCUGGCUGGUCUCGCCAUCGGCGUGGCCUCGAUCGCCCUGCAGGUCUACUCGAGUUGCAUCCAGGGCAUCCAGCUGCUCAUCACGGCCUCCAACUUCCCCGACGACUGCAGGUACCUCAACCUGCGCCUCCGCAUGGAGCAGCAGCGCCUGUUCGCCUGGAGCGAGACCGCGGGUCUGCUCGACCUCGACGCCGACAACAGACAGAAGGUGCUCGAGUCCAACACGUUCGUGCUGCACCGCCAGACCGUGCUCGACCUGCUGGUCCAGGUCGAGUGCCUGUUCAGAGAGUUCAGGGAGCUCCAGACCAGGAACAAGCGCCUGCAGACCGCCCCCGAUCGCGACCAGGUCCUCGAGAAACCCGAGAAGGACGCUGCCGAGGCUAACUUCCCCCUGCCGCCGCGCCGGAGGGACUUCAUCAAGAAGGCCAUGCAGAGCUUGAGGGCGAACUCCCGCGAGGCCGUGCAGAGACUCAGGUGGGUGUCGUUCGACAAGGCCGCCUUCGAGCAGCUCCUCUCGCGCUUCUCGACCCUCAACGAUAGCAUGACCAACAUCCUCGACGCCCAAAUGCAGGUAGAGAUCCACCACACCGUCCAGGACACAAACCGCGGCGUCCUCCAGCUACACCACAAGAUCACCGACCUCUCCCGCCUUGUCAUGGCCCUGAACAUCAAGCUGGAGGCCGCCUCUCCCCUCCCAGCGAUGAUGCAGUUGUCUUCGGCGCAGAAGCGUGCCAACGCCGACAGCCUUCAGCUCCUGUCGCAGCUCGCCAAGUUCAAGGCGUUCAACGAGUCGAUCGAGUCCGCCAAGAAGACCCCGCUGGACGAGGCGACGGCCAUGUGUCUCGAGCUGGGCAGCCCCGAUGCACAAACACAUCUGGUCCUCGACCGGUCCAUGGUCGAGCUUGACCCCGCGGCCGAGGAAUCGGACCUGCCGCGGUGCGAAGCCACGCUCCGCCUCCCCGGUGGCGAAUCGAAAAAGGUCUGGGUGGAGUGGAAAGACUAUGACCGGCAGCGACCAGGUGACCGAUCGCCUCCAAAGGACGUCAUAUUCAAGCGGGUCGCCAAACUAGCCGCGCUGUUGAACCACACCCCGAAACCGGAGGCUUUUAGGACCCCCCACUGCUUGGGCUUUUUCGACAAGGGUAGCGAGGACGAGGAUAUUCUCAACAUGCGGCUCGGCCUUGUCUUCGAGCGGCCGCUCGGCGACGGCCUUCACGCGACCCUGCCGCCCGUCUCCCUCCGAGACCUGCUCCAGACAUGCCGCAAGCCGCGCGUCACGGACAGGAUCAAGCUCGCCCACGCCAUCAGCAACUGCCUGCUGUACCUGCAUGCGGUGAACUGGCUACACAAAGGGCUGCGCAGCCACAACAUUCUAUUCUUCCGGACGACCAGCGGCGAGGUCGACUACGCGAAGCCGUACCUGUCCGGCUUCGAUUUCUCCCGGCCUGCGCGGGCGGACGAGAUGACCGACAUCCCCGGCCCCGGCGACGACGUCGAGUAUAACCUCUACCGGCACCCCCUCGCCCAGUCGACAAACCCGGAGGAGCGCGAGCGCUUCAAGAAGAGCUUCGAUAUCUACAGCCUGGGCGUGCUGCUGGUCGAGAUCGCCCACUGGGCUACGGUCGAGCGCGUGCUCGGCAUCGACGUGAACGCGGCCAGAGGACGGCCGUCGGUCGCGCUGCGGGUGCGGGAGAUGCUGCUGGCCGACGAGCAGAUCGCCGACCUGGGCGCUUCCAUGGGCGCCGUCUACGAGACUGCCGCCCGCAAGUGCAUCGCCGGCGGAAGGGAACUGGGCCUGUCCGAGGCGGACGACGAGACCGACGACGUCGUCGCCGCACGGCUCUCCAUGGUGCUCCACGAGGACGUAGUCAAGCCGCUCGGUGAGGUCAGGAUCUGAGCGAGGUCGAGGGCUGCCUUCCCCCCCAACCUUCCCCACGGGGUCCCCAACCUUUUUUUCCUUUUUCCAAGGCCCUUUUCACAUUUGCUAGGGUCUUUCUAGACCAUUUCCGCCUUCUGGUGGACGGGGCACAUGGCAGAAUGGCAUGCUUCCCCCCAACCCUACCCCUGUCGGUGGAUCCGUCCUUUCCGUGAACCG